CAAUUGCACAAGGAUCAGUCAUUCAGUAUUCCACAGCAGGACCACUGAGACCUAAGCUGGGAUGCAAACUGUAGUGCUGUUUGUGUUGUGGGGACUGGGGACAUCACUGGUGUUGCCAGACCCGGAGCCAGCAACAGAGCAGGUGGCAGAAGAAGCCAUUCCCUGUUCGAAGGGCUGCACCUGUCUCUACGAUGACUACAGCCUGGAGCUCAACAUGUACUGCAGCGCUCGCAACUUCACGCAAGUGCCGGCGGACAUGCCAGCAUCGACCCAUUCUCUCUGGCUGGAUGGAAACUUGUUCACCUCGCUUCCAGCUGCAUCUUUUAGGGAGCUUACAAACCUGGAUUUUUUGAACCUGCAGAAUGGCCAGUUGACGACCCUUGACCCACAGGCCUUCAGAGGACUUAAGACACUUGCACACAUCCACCUUGAGCGGAAUCGCCUGCGCGUGCUGCCUGCUACAAUUUUCCAGAAUACACCAAACCUAGCUUCACUAAGUCUGCAUAACAAUCAGAUCGGUCGCAUCGAGGACAGACUCUUUGCCGGACUUUCACAAAUGUGGCUUCUUAAUCUGGGAUGGAACUCAAUUACGGUCUUACCUGAGGCAGUUUUUCAAGACCUGCAAGGCCUUCGAGAGCUGAUUCUUGCAGGAAAUCGACUCGCUUACUUACAGCUACAGCUUUUUCAAAAUCUUGGUGAGCUUAAAGAGUUGGACCUGACGGGAAAUUACCUCAAGGUGAUCAAAGCCAAUGUAUUUGCGAAACUUACAAAGCUGCAAAAGCUUUACCUGGCCCAGAAUCAAAUUGUGACUGUGGUACCGAGAGCUUUCGUGGGCAUGAAAUCACUCAGAUGGCUGGAUCUGACAAACAACAAGCUGGCCUCUCUGCAUGACGACACCUUCCUGGGCCUGCACAGUCUUCACGUACUGCGCCUGUCCAACAACUCCAUCAAUGCAAUCAGGCCCAGAACUUUCCGUGAUCUGCAAUACUUGGAAGAACUGCAGCUCAGUCACAACAAGAUUCAAACCCUGGGAGAGAGGAUCUUUGAAGGGCUCGGCCAUCUGGAGGUCCUGCAGCUAGAACACAAUCAGGUGCAGGAGGCCCAAGUGGGCAGUUUCACGGGCCUCUCUCAUGUUGCUGUCAUCAACCUGUCAGGAAGCUGCUUCCUCAGUCUGCCAGACCAAAUGUUCAAUGGCCUGUCGAAGCUUCACAGCCUGCAUCUGGACAGAGGUUGUCUAACAAGGAUCACAGCUCAAGCCUUUACUGGGCUCUCUGGUCUCCGAAGGCUUUUCCUGCAACACAACAACAUCUCUGUUGUGGAGCAUCAGAGCUUUGCAGAUCUAGCAGGUCUGCUGGGACUGGACCUGAGUUUCAACAAGCUGGAAGUUCUCACUAAUGACGCACUCUCUGGCCUCACGAAUGUGGAGUACUUGCUGUUGUCCAAUAAUGAAUGUCAGCAGUUUUUGCAAAAUGGAACAAAACAGUUACUUCCAAAGCUGCGCUACCUGGACAUGCGAGCUAACGCCCUGACCAACAUGGUCCCCGACUUCUCUGACACCAUGGAAAAACUGUUGCUGUCUGGAAACCAAUGGAAAUGUGACUGCAGCUCCCUCCCACUCAGAAACUACAGCCUGAGGAAUCCACAGGUGGUACCUCGGCGAGUCGAGACCCACGCCGAGGGUGAAGAACCCGACUCAACCAUCACCAUAUACAACAACAUCACAUGCACCAGCCCAACACGUGUAGCCGGUCAAGACCUUCGGGAUGUUGACAGUGAACAUUUCCUAACCUGCUAGAG